AGACUGUCUUCGGAGCGAAGAAUUAGUCGAAAAGCGGCUUUCUUGCGGGGCACAUCGAGCCAUCAAGCUAUCGAGAAACUAAAACCAAAACCGAAACAAACCGGAGACUGCCACGCGAAAAGAAAAAUUGGUGCUAAGACCCUCGAGAGAAAAGAAAAAGGCCUCCAUUCCCAGUCCCUUAAAAACCAGAAACCAUCAACAAAAAGCUAAAGAAAAGUGCAAAUAAAACACGAUUUUAAAAGAUACUCAGUUCCAGAGCUCAAGUGCCGGCCACUUAACACCAACGAGUCCCAUUCAAUUGAAAUAAUUCGAUCCGCGAUGCUCACCAGACAGCCCGACUACACCAUCUCGGAGCUGGGUCACCCCGUUCAUCAGUGGCCCGACGCCACCACGUGCGAGUCUCUCCGGCAAGUGGACUCCAAGAAGAUGCCCGCCUCGCCUCCAGCCUCGCCCCACCGCCUGCUGCCCCUGCGGGAGACACUCGAUGACUGCUUCAAGCGCCUGCUAAUGAGGAGCCGGGAGGAGGACCUGGCGGAGGACCCAGUAUACCAGCAGAAGCACCUGAAGAACCAGUGGAACGAAAUGCAGAGAAGGCGCAAUAAAAAAUGUCGCGAUAAUGGCGAGUCGAGAGCCACAAGACCCACAACGACGAUAACGCUGGCCACUUGCGAUCUGAACAAUUUUUGAUACCACAACCAGAGAGAGGGGGGGGACUUCUAGUGGGGGUAAGAUACCUAAGCGGACUGAUUAAAUGUGCUAAAAUAAAAUACCUUUUGCCUAGUACCAUAAGUACACUAAAUUCUAAGUAAAGAGAACCCAGAACACUUAAUUUUAAUUUUAUUGCCCUGCCACGCAGUUAGCAUACGAAAAGAUUUCUAAAUGGAAUUUCUACGGCUCAUUAAAACGUAAACAAAGGAGAGCUGUACUGGAAAGAGACCAGAACCGAACCGAACAGACGGGCAUCCAAAAAUGGUGCGGAGACAUUGGGGCAACCUUGAUCGUGAGCACGUCGCCAUGGGGCCAACAGAUUAAUGCCCAAACGUGCUUUCUUUAAAUGGCUAAAUGCGUAAAAUUGUCAAGAGCUUGGAGCUCGGAGCGGAAGAAUAAGAGAUCAUCUAAGGCUAAUGGAGUCCAAGGGGGAUAUCACAUCUUGGCGCUCCUCUAGAGUCAUUCAGAAGUAGAGGAUCAUAAGCAUUUAACUUUCUAUAUUGUAAUGAAACUCA